UCACGCAACCUUUGGAUUUGGCAUUUUCCAGAGAACUGUCGCACAAAGCUUUGGAUAUCUGGCAGAUGUACAAAGAUGAAAGUAUCGGUUAGUGUUUCUCUGCUCCUGCUGUGCUUUGUCUGUCGUGUAAAAGCAGUCACCAUUGAGUCAUGUCCACUGGCCACCGGGAACUUGCUUCGGACAGAGGUUGAGAAAACUCUCACUCUGACUUGCAUUACUGAUGAAGGUAUUGACCCAUCCAACCAAAAUGAAUUGCAGUGGUUCCGCAAUGGUGCCCGGGUGAACCUGGCAGAAGAAAACCGCUGGUCCCGAAGUAGUCUUUGUGUACAGCCUGUCACUAAAGAGGACAACGGAGUUGUCUUUAUCUGUCAGCUGAAGGGUGAUGCAAGUGUGAACAGCUCCAUCGAGUUUGACGUCCAGUAUCCCCCAGACCUUAAUGACACUAAGGAAGUAUUUGUUGAAGAAACAAGUGAUGUUGUUCUGUCUUGUGAUGUCCGUGCCAACCCACCUGUAACUGUGGCUUGGAAAAAGGAUGGUGAAGUUCUGGAUCUGACCUCUGGCAGUUACAAAACAACCAAUAAUGGCAUUACUGCUCAGUUAUCAAUCACAAAAGCUAAGCGCGAUGUACAUCAAGGAACGUACAUCUGUGAAGUAAAUUCAUCUGUCUAUGGAAUUAUGGGCAGGACCUUUAAUGUUACGGUUGAAGAUAAAGUUUUAAGGUUCCCUGUAGGACCCACAAUUGCUGGAGUGGUGGUGGUUUUAUGCACAAUUGUAUUUGCACUCAUUUCUAGGAGGAAUAAAAUUAUUAAAUGCAUUAAACCAAAUUGAACAUCUGCACAUGGAAUUAGAAUUCUCAAGAAUUCAAACCACAGCUAUUUGAGAUGUUGAGCAUGGAGAAGAUCAGACUGGAACUCAAAUAACCAUUACUGGACUGGCAAAUGGGACACCACUCUUAAAUAUAAAUUAGUAAUUCAAAAACAAACACCUCCUUUCAUUCCUGCUUAGCCCCUUUGUUUUGUUAUUGCUAAAUUAGAAUGUGAAAAGAUGUCUGUUAAACAACACUUUAUUGUGAUUUUUGUUGUUGUUGUUGAUGAUUUCAUUGUGUGUUUCUUCUCAGAUUCCAAUGUUAUUGAGCAAUUGCACUAAAAAAUACAUUAUACUUUGUCUCUGAGCCAGCAAAGGCACUCCUAGAUUGAUGGCUGCAUUUGUUAUUAGAGACACAGUAAAAUAAUCUCAUUAAAGUGAAUUGCAGGAUAUUUUACAUUCUCAAGGGCAAGAUUUUUAUUGUAAAAAUUGGCCUGUUAAAUGUACCUAGAAGUCAUUAACCUUUAACUGUCCACUCAGAUCAUAAGCAAUAUGUGGUUGUAAUCAUAAAGAAAUGUUCCAUUUUAUUCUAAUGAGGUUUAGGUA